AUGUUGUUUGUGAAUGUAAUUCACAAAGAUGUCAGGAAGACAGUGGAUCUCUGUCAGAAGGUGGAGGCAGCGGGCGUCUCAUGGAUUACAGUUCACGGACGUACAUCCGACGAGAGGCACCAGCCUGUUCAUUAUGAUGCCAUCAAGACCAUCAAGGAUAGCCUUUCCAUCCCAGUCAUCGCUAAUGGUGACAUCAAGAGCUUGCAGGAUGUGGAGGCCACCUACGCCCUCACAGGGGUGGAUGGUGUGAUGGCUGCUCGGGGAUUGCUGGCCAAUCCUGCCAUGUUCGCUGGGUACGAGGAGACGCCGCUGCAGUGUGUGUGGGACUGGGUGGACAUCGCUGUGGAGCACGGGACCCCCUUCAGCUGUUUCCACCAUCACCUGAUUUACAUGCUGGAACGCAUCACCUCUCAGCCCGAAAGGAGGGUGUUCAAUACUUUAUCCAGUACGUCUGCAGUCAUCGACUUCCUCCACAACACUUACGGCUCCACAUAGUUGUUUUUAAUGAACGUAUUCUUUUAUAAGUUAAAAUAAAGGCGAAACCUUGGUUCACACGCACA